UGCACAAUUUUUUUUUUUUAUAUUAGUUAAAGUAGUAAUACAAUUAAUAAUAAAAUGCCGUCUAAAAUCAAGCCGAGACUCUCGCGAGGUGUCCUGGACAUGAAGUUCAUGCAGCGCACGAGAGUCAAGGUGGACAAGGAAGAUGACGACGAGCAGAGCCGGGCACUGUACUCGAACGAAAUCAACGCGAAAAUGCUGAACUCCAACUCCAACUUCAUCAUCGAGCCCAGCUACACCAUUUGCGCUGGCCUCAUCGACGGACGUCUCAGUUUUCGCGGCAUGAACCCGGAGCUUGAGCUGCUAAUGGAACAGGAGUUGGCUCAGAAGCUGGCUAAAGUGAAACCCGAACAGCCCAAGGAGGUGUCCGACCAGGACAUGGCCAAGGCAUACUACACCAAUAAGGCGCCCAGCGUCGCCAAUAACAUGUCCAAGAAGUUUAGCACGAAGAACGACCUCAAGCGGAAACAAGGCAACCAAAAGCAACAAAAGCCACAAUUCAAGAGACCUCGCGACGAAGACGACGAUUAAGAAGCGCAGCCUUCGUUUAAUCAUUGCUUUAAACAUUAAACCUUUUAGUUUUUA